UGCUGUAAACACACGUCUCUAUUAGCCGGAGAACAGAUCAUCAGCCCGGCAGCUGCUCUCAUGUCCGUCCCGGUGUCGGUGCCUCUGAGCGGCGGACCCUCUCCAGCUCUCUGACCGCCCCUCCAGUCUCUCCGGAUGGCCGGGACUCUCUGGUUCCAGACCGCGGUGCUGCUCUGCUUCCUCCGCGGGGCUCUGGGCGCCGGAGCGCGGCUGUACACGGAGGAGGACCCGCUGGUGAUCCUGAGCAGCAGCAGCCUCAAGCCGACCGUCAGCAACUCGUCCUCGGCCUGGCUGGUCCAGUUCUACUCGUCGUGGUGCGGACACUGCAUCCAGUACUCCAGCACCUGGAAGGCUCUGGCCCAGGACGUCAAAGACUGGGACCAGGCCAUUGGUGUUGCGGUGCUCGACUGCGCUCAGGAGGAAAACUUUGACGUCUGUAAAGAAUACGGCAUCCACUUCUACCCCACCUUCAGAUAUUUCCGGGCUCACGGCCGGCCGGACGACCAGGGGACGACCUACAGAGGUGCGGACAGGGAGAUCCAGACAGUGAGACAGCUGAUGGUGAACUUCCUGCAGAACCACACCAAGCUGGACUGGCCUGACCUCUGUCCUCCUCUGGAACCCUACAGCUCAGCGGAGCUCCUCCCCCUGCUGGGUCAGAGGUCAGAUCACUACACCGCCGUCAUCAUCGAGGAGCCAGACUCCUACGUAGGACGGGAGGUGAUCCUGGACCUGCUGCAGUACUCUGGUGUGGUGGUGAGACGCGCACUGGCAGCUGAUCGCCCCCUGCUGGACACACUGGGAGUCACAGCUUUCCCCUCCGCCUACCUGCUGCUGCCCAACGGCACACACACACAGUUGGCUGUUCAGAAGCGUUUGCGUUUCUUCUUCUCCUCCUUGUUGCGGUUGUUGCCCGGCGUGCAGCGCAGGGCCAGGCGGGGCGGCGGCGGCGAUGGCGGCCACACGGGGGCGCUGACGGGCCGGCCGAGCAGCGAGGCCUGGAGAGACUUCGACAGCUCUCAGGUGUACCUGGCUGACCUGGAAUCAGCUCUCCAUUACCUUCUGAGAGUCGAGCUCGCUACCCAUAGCACCCUGGAAGGGGAAGAGCUUAAGACUUUUAAAGACUUUGUCACCAUCGUUGCCAAGCUGUAUCCGGGUGGGGGCUCUGUGGUCAAGCUGAUGGACACGCUGCUGGAGUGGCUGCUCAGUUUGCCGCUGGACAGAAUCCCCUACCAGGCCGUCCUGGACCUGGUGGACAACAAGAUGAGGAUCUCAGGUGUGUUCCUGGGGGCGGAGCUUCGCUGGGUCGGUUGCCAGGGCAGCAGGGUGGGGCUGCGUGGAUACCCAUGUUCCCUCUGGACGCUGUUCCAUGUUCUGACGGUCCAACAUGAUGCCAUGCCCAACGCCCUGGAGAACACAGCCCUGGAGGACGAGGCGGCGCCGGUGCUGCAGGUGAUGCGGCGCUACAUCAGGACGUUCUUCGGCUGCGAGCAGUGCGGCCGGCACUUUGAGCAGGCGGCCGCCGACAGCCUGCACCGAGUCCAGAGCCGAGAGCAGCAGAUCGUCUGGCUGUGGAACCAACACAACAUGGUCAACAACAGACUGGCCGGCUCUCUGAGUGAAGACCCCCUCUUCCCGAAGGCCCCGUGGCCGAGCCCCGCCCUCUGCGCCUCCUGCCACGAGGAGAAAGAUGGAGUUCACGUCUGGAAUCAGGAGAACGUCCUCAGCUUCCUCAGGAAACACUACGGAGCCGGCAACCUGUCCCCAAAAUACUCAGUGACUCCUCAGCACCUCCCCGCACCUCCUGCCCCGCCCAGCCGGCCUCAGGAGGACAGGCUGGGAGGAGGAAGAGGAGGGAGAGCAGGAGCAGGAGGAGGAGGAGGAGCAGGAGGAGAGAAGCAGCCAGAGAAGACCAGAGGAGCGGAGGAGCAGCCAGCGGCUCCUCAGCAGGUGGAGAGGACGGCGGUGCAGGAGGCGGCGGGGCUGUCGGGAGGCGCGGGGCCAGCAGGAGGCGCGGGGCCAGCAGGAGGCGCGGGGCCAGCAGGAGGCGCGGGGCCAGCAGGAGGCGCGGGCCGGGGCGGGGUGUGGGCUCUGGCUCUGGGCUUCAACAGCGUGGACAUGAGCCUGUGUGUGCUGCUCUACGUCUGCUCCUGCCUCUUCCUCAUGCUGCUCUUCUUCUUCUUCAGAGUCCGCUCCAGGAGGUGGAAGCUCCGCCACAACCGGCCCUUCGUCUGACCGGACCGGACCGGACCGGACCGGACCGGGCUCGGGUGUACUGCGGGGUUUGUGUAGAUCCUGGACUGGAACAUCCAGACCGGGUUGGUUUCUCUGCAGCGGGUCACACGUGGAACCCGGCUCUGUGAUAAACCUGGACUGGACUGCCACAUGUGGAGCCUGGACCGGACCUUCUGGUCUGGGUUCACUUUUGAUUGGGAACGGAGGUUCAGGCUCCACCUGGGAGGAAGUGACCCGCUUCCCAGAAUCCAUAGAAGGGACCUUUACAACCAGUGAGCAGCUGUUUAGAAAGGAACAUUCCUGCACAGGGACUCCAGUAAAACCUGGACCAGAGCAGACUGAGCCGGACUGAAGCGGACUGGCCUGGUUCUGCUGUGCCCCAACAGCCUCACAUCAGCUGACUGCCUGUCUGUGUCGCUGUUAGCAUCAUAAAGACAUGAAGUGUGACUGUCUGACAGGCUGCUGACAGUCAACACGCUAACAUCAAGACACGCUAACAGCACGCUAACCAGUCUGCCUGACAGCUCCCAAACCCUGUGUGUGUGUGUGUGUGUGUGUGAGUGAGUGUGUGAGUGUGUGUGUGUGUGUGUGUGUGAAUGUGUGUGUGUGUGAGAGAGACAGUACAUGUGGGUCUAUCAGACUGAAUCUGCCAAGAAGAGAAAAUAGUGAUUAUUGAUUUUAAUUGUUAUUGAUUAAUUUGUCUGUAUUUUACUUUACUGUGAAACUCCUGUGCAGAUGAACAGGCAGACAGACAGACAGGAAGACAGACAGACAGACAGACAAAGACCCAUCCGGGCUGGAUCCGGGUACAGACUCCAUCUGGAUCUGGAUUUCCCGCUGAGCCCUUCCUGCCGUCCUCUGUGUUCCAGCUGCUGAGGCAGAACCUGACCGGCAGCACAGCUGGAAAACGUUGCUUCACUCAAGUAUCGCGAUUCUGUUUGUCACAGUUUUUUUAACCUACGUUUUAUUCCUGAAUCGAUUUAAAGUAAAAAUAUUGGUGUCAUAUGAAACUAGACAAACAAGUCAGAUCGUCGCUCCAAAGUCCAGCUAAAUUCUUGUUGAGGGGAAUUCUGUCAUGUGUGUCUCCAGCGGGUCCCUUGACCUCUGACCUCCAGAUGUGUGACUGAAAAUGGGCUCUCUGGGCAGCCACUUUUUGAUCUAGAUUGAUAGACAUGGAUGUACUUUAUCAAUCCCAAACUGGGAGGUCCCUGAACCCCAUCAUGAUCAUGUUCCUCCAGGUCAGACUGACACUGGUAUGUCUGAGCGGUCCCUGAAGGCGGCGUGUGGGGUUGCUCAGUGUCUGCUGGCUCUCUUCCUGUCCGUCUGGGUGAAGCAGGAGUUUUGUGGUCAGGCUGUUGCUGCUGCACUCCGGCCUCCUCCUCCACCGGACGGCAGCCAUCGUCUCUGCCGCCACGCUCGCCGUCCGACGCCACAGAGCACCGCCUUCAGCCGCCGCCACCUAGACGGGUUGUGGGAGUGAGAGUUUUGUCAUCAUGUGUAUUUUCUGACUUUGACCUGAUCGAUCUUGUUUGACUGUGCGAGCUGGUAAAAAUGCUCUGGUGAUUUAAUUUUGUUUGGAUUCACGUGUUAACUUUUUAAUCUCUUCCUUUCCUCUGUUCAGUUUUAUUCUCUGUUUCUCUGAUCUUGAUGAAGAUGUAAAUGAUCAGUCGUGAAUAAACUGCUGUCCUGUUG